GUAUUUCCGGGUGGUUUGUAGUCGAACAGCCAUAUUUGAUUCGAUUAGUGUAGCUGCGACGGUUUAGCCAGACAGAUCUUGACGCAAAAACUGCGGUUUUUCGUGAGUGUGAGGCCGCGUUCAGGUUCGCCUUCACCGAACUCCAGCUGCACUUCCCGCCACGACAGAGUCCAGUCCGCCGACAGCCAUGAACCCGGAAUACGACUAUUUAUUCAAGCUGCUCCUCAUCGGGGAUUCCGGCGUAGGAAAGUCCUGCCUCCUCCUGCGGUUCGCUGACGACACGUACACAGAGAGCUACAUCAGCACCAUCGGCGUUGACUUUAAGAUCCGGACCAUCGAGCUGGACGGGAAGACCAUCAAGCUGCAGAUCGUGAGUGUUGGUCCUUCCCCAGGUCUGGGGGUCCGGGGGGGUCGUCUGCAUCGCUCACAGGCUCUGCUCCGCCUACAGUGGGACACCGCCGGUCAGGAGAGGUUUCGAACCAUCACAUCCAGCUACUACAGAGGAGCCCACGGCAUCAUCGUGGUGUACGAUGUGACGGACCAGGAGUCCUUCAACAACGUCAAGCAGUGGCUGCAGGAGAUCGACCGCUACGCCAGCGAGAACGUCAACAAGCUGCUGGUGGGGAACAAGUGUGACCUCACCACCAGGAAGGUGGUGGACUACACCACCGCCAAGGAGUUUGCCGACAACCUGGGCAUCCCCUUCCUGGAGACGAGCGCCAAGAGCGCCACCAACGUGGAGCAGGCCUUCAUGACCAUGGCGGCCGAGAUCAAGAAGAGGAUGGGCCCCGGGGCCACGGCGGGGGCCGGCGAGAAGUCCAACGUGAAGAUCCAGAGCAAGCCGGUCAACCCGUCGCCCGGCGGCUGCUGCUGAGAGCCGGAGCGCCGCCACCAGAACCCGCCCCUCAGCCCACGAGCAGCCUCAAUGUUACCAUGGUUACAGGGAGAGAAAGGCAGGCAGGCAGCACGGCUCUGUAACGGUGCAGAUUCCCACCCUUUAUCAGUGAUAGACCAUAGGACGGUAAGCCCCGCCUCCACAGAAAACGCCGCUCCUUUGAUUCACUCGAACUGGAAACACGUCAAACAUUCACCUGCUGAUUGUGCUGCUCUCCACCGCCGUGCAGAGCAGCACAACACGAGCACGCCGCGCCACGCGGAGCUCAUGCUUCAGCCAGCACUGUGCACGCCCACUCGGCUCCGCCCCCUCAGUCCAUGUGCCUUGAUGGCCGGAGGCUCCUGGUUCACGCCUUCAUCCGUCUGCUCCGCAGCAGCCCACAUUCCUGUGCACGAAGGGCGCUGUGAGCGCGCUCCGCACCCGCUCCGAGCGCGCUCACAGCGCCCCCCGCUGGUGCUGUUCACGCAGGAAGCAUGUGCUCCCGGGGGGGCGCCGGCCCCACCAGCACAGGUCUAAAGGUUCCUGUAAACUGUAUAUAUUUAUACAUAAAUGUAAGAAGGUGUUUGCAGGUAGCUUAGAGGCCGUACGGAGAGUAGCUGGACGUAGAAAUCUCGGCACGUUUGUGGCUGCGGACGUGACUUUUUGUGGCACAAUGUUCAUUAAAAGAAUGAAGGAGAUCUUUGAUAA